CUCCUAGUCUCCGCGGCCACCACGCCCAAAUCCUCCGACAUCCCCAAACCCUGCACCAUCCGCAGCCCGACCUCGCACGCCUUCUUCGACCUCAACCCACUGCACAUCGAAGACCCGACACUGAGCAAAUCCAAGCACCCGCGCGACUACAGCUGGAACACGACGGGAUGGGGCUUGGGGUACAACUUCAGCAUGAACUUUUGCGGGCCGGUGGUGGAGGAGUUGGAGGAUGUGGAUGGGUUGAGGAAGGAUGCGUGGCGGAACGUGAGCGCAUAUUAUAAGUUGGGCGGGAAGGUGUUUAGCAUUGGACAAAUGAACACCGCCCCAGUGUUCCAUGGCCGCAAACUCGUGCUAAAUUACACCGAUGGCUCGCCGUGCGACACGAUGAAGAACGCCCACUAUGUCCAAGACUUACACUCACCCCGCGAAAUCAUCGAUGAUGACCCUGAUGAUGACGACGACGACGACGACGACGACGCGGACGAACGCGAACCCAAGAAACCUUCCACCAAAAAGCCAAACCCAACUCCAGUCACUCGUCGGAAAAACACAAUCGUCUCCUUCCUCUGCGACAGAGAGCCGCUCAACCCGCUCCUCUCCCUGUCCUUCGUCGGCGCGAGUCCGGACGAAUGCACGUACAUGUUCGAAGCGCGCUCGUCAGCAGCCUGUGGUGGGAUUGAGGUUGCGAAGCAGAGUCUGUCACCCGCCGGUGUGUUCGGAGUGAUUGUGCUGAUCGCGGUGAUUGUGUAUGUGGUCGGUGGCUGUGUGUACAGCCGUGUGGUGUUGCAGCAGAGGGGUUGGAGGCAGAUGCCAAACUAUAAUCUCUGGGCUGGGUGUUUCGGGUUUGUGAGGGAUAUCUUCAUCAUACUCACAUCCUCCUGUGCGCGCUUCUUGCCUUCGCGAAGGGGUUAUACGCGCGUUAAUGGCGGCCUCGGCGGGUCCGGGUCGGGCAGAGGGAGGGGGCGAGACAGCGAUGCGGAGAACAGAUUGAUCGAUGAUUUGAAUGAAGAAUGGGAUGAGUAG